AUGACGCUGCUCAGUCAGUGCCCAAAGCUGGAGAGUGAAUGUCAGCCCUUGUCGGCUGACAUCUCGCUCAGGGUCCUCACGAUGCUUCCUUGGGCUCCGACCAAGAGCAGCUACCUUUACAUCCCUAAGGUCGAAAUAAAGGAAGCAGGUAGCACUGUGGCAAGUAAUCUGGAGGAAGCAGCUUUCCCAAACCCUCUUGUUCAGGAAUCCUGUUGCAAGUUUCUACCAUCCCAAGAAGCAGAGGACUCCAUUAGCUCCUCUCCUAAGAGAGACUCCAGCCCAAUGGUGAUAUGUCAGUUGAAAGGGGGCACACAAGUGCUGUGUAUAGACAAUUCUGGCACAAGAGAACUAAAAGCACUUCAUUUGGUUCCUCAGUAUCAAGACCAAAAUAAUUGUCUACAGUCAGAUGUCACUAAACCACUGACUACUUUAGUCGGAAGACUUUUGCCAGUACCAGCAAAACUAAAUCUCCUUACACAGCAACUUGACAGUGGUGCCCUCCCAUCGGCAGCCAACAAUGGGCCUGCUUUCCCCUCGGAACCGACUCUUCCAGGGCCGGUGAAAAUGACUUUGGCUGGGUACUGCGACUGCUUCGCCAGUGGGGACUUUUGCAACAACUGCAAUUGUAAUAACUGUUGCAACAAUUUACAUCAUGAAAUCGAACGGUUUAAUGCCAUUAAGGCAUGUCUUGACAGAAAUCCAGAAGCUUUCCAACCCAAAAUUGGGAAAGGCAGGUUGGGAGAUGUUAAGCCUCGUCAUAACAAAGGUUGCAACUGUAAGCGGUCCGGCUGCCUGAAGAAUUACUGCGAGUGCUAUGAGGCCAAAAUUAUGUGUUCUUCUAUAUGCAAAUGUAUUGGUUGCAAAAACUAUGAAGAAAGCCCAGAACGAAAAACACUGAUGAACAUGCCAACGUCUAUGGAAACCAGGGAAUUGGAUGGCAACUCUCAUUUGUCACCAAUUAAAAUUUCAGAACUAUCAAAAUUCAGAAAAAACAGCGGGCCGCCUUGCUCCUGCAUCUCCUGGGAGGUGGUGGAAGCCACUUGCGCCUGCCUGCUGGCCCAGGGCGAGGAGGCUGAGAAGGGCCACUGCUCCCAGGGCCUGGCUGAGCAGAUGAUCCUGGAGGAGUUCGGGAGAUGCUUGUCACAGAUCCUUCACACUGAGUUCAAGUCCAAGGGGCUGAAAACUGAGCUGAAUACAGUGUAGUCAAGAGAGAGCACGGCACUGCUGAGGAGCAUGAGGCACCGGACAGUUGGGGUGGAACCCAGCUCUCCCAUGGAGGGACCCGUGGGUUCACGCAGGAGGAGGUGUGUGCAGGCACCGAGUCUGCACAGAGGAGAGCCUGGGUUCCCGCCAUCCCAGGGUGGCACACUCCUUUCAGGAGCCUGAUCCUCUAGGCCUGCCCUGCCAAAGGAAGCAGGAUGGUUCUUGGGUUUUCUUUGUUUUUCAAAUUAUUUAAACUACAUUCUCCCGAGGAGCUGUUAGGAUACAACUGAGACUCGCCAGAGGGCCACUGAAUACCGUAGGAUUUCCUCAGUGAAGACAGUCCCCAGAGUCACAGGGCCUCCAGGACAGCGGGCAGCAGGGGCCGGCAGGGCAGGCUGACAGCGGGAGUCUUGGGUCACAGAGCUUCCGAUUGUAUUCAGUUUCUCGGGUGUUUCUACUUGAAUUGUGGAAAAGCUAGUUUUUCACUUAACUUAUGCAUAAUUAUUGUUAUGAUAGUAUUAAUACUUGUAAAAUAUGGUUAAAGUAACUAGCUUGCAGAAACCAGCAGAACAUUAGCUUAUUGUGUUACUCUUUAGGUUUUACUAAGUUGUUAUAAUUAACAUGGUAACUGAAAAUAUAUGCGCCUUGUUAAUAC